AUUUGGGAGAAUUUCUCAGUCCAAAAUGGCCGCCAAUUUUUUUUAUUUGAAAAAAACUUGUAUUAUUGCUGUGGUUUUGAGGUUAUUAUUCAUGAUUUACGGCGAAUGGCAAGAUGCAACGAUGGUGGUAAAAUACACAGACAUUGAUUACGAGGUUUUCACAGACGCUGCAAGGCAUGUAGCUAAUGGAAGUUCGCCUUAUCGCAGGGCCACUUAUCGCUACACUCCACUCCUAGCAUGGAUUCUCGUGCCAAAUAUAACACUCCACAAAGCUUUCGGGAAACUUUUUUUCGUGCUUUGUGAUAUUAUUGCAGGAUAUUUAAUCCAUUUGAUAUUAAAAACUGAAGGAAUUGUAGAUUAUACAGCUGUGAAAUAUUCCUGGAUCUGGUUUUUUAACCCAAUGAUUAUUACCGUGUCGACGAGAGGAAAUGCUGAAUCUGUACUUGCAGUUUUGGUCCUAUCUACGCUUUAUUUCAUGCUAAACAAGCGGUUUAUUCUCUCUGCAGUCUUAUUGGCAUUUUCUGUUCAUUUUAAAAUUUACCCAAUUAUUUAUUCAUUGCCGUUAUACUUGAUGGUGGGGUGGUUUGCAAGGGGAAAGGGGGGCGAGUGUGGACAUACAAAGCAAGAUGGAAUGCUGCAGGUUAUAUUCUCUCAUAUCAGUCAUCCACAUCAGUUGUUAUAUGCUGUCAUAUCUGGCUCAAUGUUUCUUUUGAUAAAUGGUGUCAUGUAUUACAUGUAAGUUCCAAAACACAAGAUUGAAAGAGUAAGGCAAAAUAUGUGUGUAGCUGUUGAGUGUGGCUUUAGAAUUUAAGCAUUUAUAUUCUGACACAGUUGUGCAGCCAAAGAUUUUAUUUUGGGGUGUCAACUUGAUAAUUUGUGAGUCACAAUUCUAGGAGGGUCUGGGGGCAUGUUUCCUGGAAAAAGUAAACUUUGCUUCUCAGGAACGGCAUUUCCUGACUUGUGGAGAUACUUGAAGAACAGUGUGAAUGUCUUAAUAAAUCACCUUUUAACAGUGUCAAAUUGUGAUUUCAGAAUAUUUGACAAUUUACUUCAGUGGGAGACUUAGUCAGAUAGAGCUUUAUAGAUGCGCGCAAGAUACGCAACACUAUUAAAAAUGCUAGAUGCGCGACCAGGAUUCAUAAUAAAGUUUCUGAAACGUUCUCUGAUCGUAAAUUUUUUAUUUGAAACACAAGCUUUCGACUGCCAGUCUGCAGUCUUCGACAGGUAAAGUGAUAAUAAACUAUUCUAUACGGAUAUAGCUGCAAGGACAGUGGUUUACAAUUACAAUUAUCAUGACAUGCAAUAUAACAAUGAUUAGUUCCGCCUACGUAAACUCUCAGUGAAACGAGUAUACUUAUAAAUAUAAAACUAUGUCUAUGAUCUGUUCUUUUUUAAUAAAAAUCUAUAUUGUUCUGGUAAAUGUUGUGCAUUGUUGUCAGAAUUGGCGGAACUGGCUGGUAAAUUGUAAACUCUCAGUGAAACGAGUAUACUUAUAAAUAUAAAACUAUGUCUAUGAUCUGUUCUUUUUUAAUAAAAAUCUAUAUUGUUUCUGGUAAAUGUUGUGCAUUGUUGUCAGAAUUGGCGGAACUGUGAUCAUUGUUAUAUUGCAUGUCAUUAUAAUUGUAAUUGUAAACCACUGUCCUUGUAGCUAUAUCCGUAUAGAAUAGUUUAUUAUCACUUUACCUGUCGAAGACUGCAGACUGGCAGUCGAAAGCUUGUGUUUCAAAUAAAAAAUUUACGAUCAGAGAACGUUUCAGAAACUUUAAUACGCAACACUGUUUGAUGACAAUUUAAUUUUCCAAAACAAAACAGGUUUUUAAGAGAAAUUAAGCACGAAAAUUUACUUUAUGGGCACUUAUUAGUUAAGACAAUGACACGGUGUUGAUUUCUUUUAAUUUGCUGAUAAAUAUUACUAUAAUUACAUAGGUGAUUAUUGAAAAUUCUCCACGCUGAAUGGUUGCUGUUGUGGUGAAUAUAACGCGAUAGUCACCUAAGCGGUUUCCGAAAUGUAGGCCGUUUCGUCGAUUAAAUGACAAAGAAAUGUGUAUUUUUUAUUUUUUUCCAAAACAAUUAUUCACCUCAGGCUCUGUGAUUAUCGUGAAUAAAAACCUCGACUUCGUCAAGGUUUUUAUUCACUGAUAAUCACCUCGCCUUCUGCGAAUAAUUGUUAAUUAAUGAAUUUGAUAAUGAUAACUCCAAUUGUCUCCCUUAUUUCCAAUUGUCAUCCAUGCCACUUUAAUUUCUUUAUUUCACAGGUAUGGAUUUGAAUUUUUUGAACACACAUAUUUAUACCACGUGACAAGAAAAGAUGUCAAGCAUAAUUUCUCCGUCUAUUUCUACAUGUUGUACCUUACUAUGGACACGUCAUUUUCAUGGAUAAUAAGUCUGUUGGCAUUUCUUCCACAACUCAUACUCGUUCUUGUGUUUGGAGUGAAAUAUUACAAAGACCUGCCAUUUUGUUUGUUUGUUCAGACUUUUGUUUUUGUCACUUUUAACAAAGUCUGCACAUCGCAGGUAACUUUUUAAUUAGCCUUUCUCACGAAGGCCAAAAUCGACCAUUUUGGGGGUACUAUCCACCCUUGUAAAAGAUUCUAGACAAUACAAACAACGUGAAAAGCGACUUUUAAUUUAAAAGUUAUAACUGUAAAUUUACCAUUAUAUACAAACAACUAAUGUGUUUGAACGUACGAUACCCUAAAGCGCAAAAUCGUGCAAAUUGAAGUACGGUCCAAAAUUCAGUUCCGCGUGAUAAUUCUGAUAAUUCUCUGAUAAUUUGUUGUUUUAUUUAACUUUUAGUAUUUUCUUUGGUAUUUAUCACUUUUACCGCUUAUCUUGCCUCGAGUAAAGAUCAACAUGACGAAAGCUUUAAAAAUGCUUCUGGCCUGGUGUAUAAGUCAGGUAACUAUUUUCCACUAUUUGCUCUAAUUCAGUUCCGGGCAUUGUGCAGCCAUCUCAGGGCCAGAGAUACGAGGGUGUGUGUGGGGGGGGGGUAUGACACCCCCCCGAAAUUUUAUUCAGUCGGCAGGACUGCUAUUUAGUCGGUAGGACUGCUAUUUGGGUUAAAUAUUUCCGCGCAAAGGGCAAGAUAUUUGGGUUUUUUGGGUAAAUUUCCGAAUUUUGGUAUGAAAAAUUGAGGUAAAGUUACUGGAAAGCAUUUGCAACGUACUCGUCCGGAAAAUUUUUUUCCCUAAAAAGUUGUCGGUCUCCGAAAAUUUUUUUUUCGUCAGUCGGUUGAAAUGACCUUACACCCCCCCCCCCCCCCCCCCCCUGAAGAAUUCCCUGAGGACGGCCCUGAGCCAUCUAGUGUUGUUCUGCAGAGUACAUGCAAUGCAAAAAUGUUUUCUCUCCCGACUUUUUCUUGUUCGACAGGUUUUAGACCGGUUUUCCAUAAUGUACUGUAAGUUUUAACUGCAUUUAUUUUCCGUCUUUUUCAGGCUCUUUGGUUGUCUGCAGCAUAUCUGCUAGAGUUUCAAGGCUACAAUACGUUGCUUCUUGUCUGGACUGCUAGUGUUUUAUUCUUUGCUGUUAAUAUAUGGAUUUUAUACACCGUCAUUGUAAAUCAUACUUAUAGUAUCUAAAAUAAAAAAACUAAUUAAAUCGUAAAGAACGACGUGUAUUAA